CGUACCCAGCCCUCACUGUGCCUCUCCUUCCAGAUCCUCCUCAGGGCUCGACCCUGCGCCUUACUGGAGCAGGUGGCACAGGCCUGGACUACAAGGGAAAUAGAUCCUAUCUGCAAGUCUGGAAAGACCAGCUUCUGCAGCUCCUCUGUGCUGCUGACAGCCAGCAUCCUGCCACGCUGACCUGGGACUUGGGGGCAGAGUGCUAUCUUGGUCCCCUCCCUCAGAACCCAGACCCCUAAAGUUGGAGAUGCCCAGGGUGAAGCCUGGGGACGCGGGGCGCUACACCUGCCGAGCACAGAAUGAGCUGGGCUCCCAGCGUGGCACCCUGAAUCUCUCAGUACAGUUUUGUGUUGGCGACCCGGCGGAUGACGGUUCCUCCCUCCUCCUUCUCCUGGAUGGAUCCUCUGCCCAGAGGGAGCCCUAACCCUUCCAGAGCCGCUUCCCUGUCUACAUUGCAGAUCCUCCUGAGGACCUGAGAGUGACAAUGUCCCAAGCAAACAGCACAGUCCUGGAAAUCCUCAAGAACGGCACAUCCCUGCCUGUCCUGGAGGGCCAGAGCCUGCGCCUGGUGUGUGUUGCCCACAGCAACCCUCCAGCCAGGCUGAGCUGGGCCUGGGGAACACAGACCCUGCGUCCCUCUUGAGUCUCAGCCUCUGGGGUCCGGGAGUUGCCCCAGGUGCAGAUGGAGCAUGAAGGGGACUUCACCUGCCACGCAGAGAACCCGCUGGGCACCCGGAGUGUCUCUCUGUGCACUUUGGUCCCCAAUUGCUGGAACCCUGGUGCUUCCAGGAGGCUGAGGGUCUGGGCUGCCGCUGAUCCUCCCAUGCCCUGCUCCUUCCCUGGGCUGGCGGCUCGGGGAGACGCUGCUGGAGGGGAACAGCAGCAACGCCUCCCUCACGGUCUCCACCAUCUCUGCCGGCCCUGGAUCAGGGCGAGCCUCCAUGACAGGCUGAGCCCUGGCCUUGGGUUCAGCUGCGAGGCACAGAAUGUGCCCGAGGUCCAGAACGCCACUGUCCUGCUGCUCCCAGGACACCCAGGCCGUGGGGCAGGAUUCCCACAGGGGACCAUGCUAGGAGCUGGCGUCACUGCCGGGCUCUCUCUGUGUGCCUGCCUCAUCUUUUCCAGGAUGAAGACUCGCAGGCAGCAAGACAGCAGGAUGGCCGCUGCGAGGAAGGGCGCACCGCCUGGCCCUGCUUCUGUGUCCAAGGGUCACAGCCAGGACAAGUGUCCAGGCAACUUGGACAGCCCAGCCCCUUCUGCAGGAGUGAGCAGCCCCGGCAAGGAGCAGGAGCCCCACUACAGCACCCUCAGCUUCCAGGAGGACCCCAGCACCUCGGAGUACUCAGAGCUCAGGCUCUGAUGUGCAGGCCAGCAGCUGAGCCUGGGCUUCUCUGGAAGGUGACAUACGGUACAUUGCUUGAAUCAGCCGAUCUCCAUGUCACCAGGGUCCUGACCAGCAGAGGGGACUCUCUCCCUAACAGCAGAACUCACCUCCCACUUCAGCCCAGACUUUGUGCAGGUUGCUUUACUCUGGGGUCUCCUCCUCUGUUAAAUGCACAUGAUCACUGACUCGCAGGGCAUUGUGGGUAGAGGGAAGGGAUUCCCUACAGCACCCUGGCAGGGCCUGUAGAAGGCAUCUCACCUGGGGCUGCCUCCCAUGGCCUCCACCAGGUGUGAGCCCACCUGGCCAGUGGGGCUCUGCAGGGCAGCUCUCACUGCUCUGCUCUGCAGGCCCUGCCCUCUGGGGUUCAAGCCCUGCUGUGCCUCCUCCCUUUCAGUGUGGCUGGGACUUGAGAUUUGGUUUUAACUCAGGAAUGCAGCAAUGCGGAAGGGAAGCGAGCCCUGUGAUUAAAUUGUAUAAGAGCCUCGCUUCUGUCUUGCUGUCUUUGCUUAAGCAAAUUGGCAUGAUGUCAGUGCUCACAGAGAGAGGAGCAGGGCCCAGGCCUGAGGGUGGCCUCAGCCAAGACCUUCAGUCCUGUGACCCACAGCAAAUGAACCCUGCCCACAACCAUGAGAGGUGGGAAGCACAUGCCUGCCCAUUCAGUUUCCUCAGGGGAAACUGUAGCCCUGGCCUGUACCUUCAGCAUGGGUUUCCUUUCCUGAAACCCUGACCUGAUAGGCAGGGCCUGAUUCCUCCCUGCAGAAGUGGUGGGCUGAUAAACACAUGUGGUCUUAGGUUCCCGAGUUCUUAUUAUUUCUUAUGCAGAUAUGGUAACCAGCACUGAUAUCUUUGCUGGUUUAUAAACUCUGGCAGGUACCACCUCACUGAAAAGGUAAGAAUAGAGCAGGAUCCUGCAGGAAGAGAGGAGGGGAGGCAGCCAUGCAGCUCUAGCUGAGGCCUGGGAGAGGAGGUGAGAGAAGAGGCUGUGUGAGGACCUGGGCCUGUAGCACGCUAGCUUGGCUGAAAUGGAGGUGAGAGGAAAGAGCGGUGGUCAAGGUACACACUUAUAAUCGUAGCACUUGAGAGACUCUGGCAAGAGGAUUGUGGGACUUUAAGGUCAUCCUGGGCUACAAAGUGAGGAGCCAGUACACACCGGCUGGCCUCUCUGUUUGGCACUCUGGUACCACAAGUUCGACCCAUCUACCUGCCUGUGUUUCAGCAUAGAAUGCAUUCAGAUGCUCAUCUGGGCACUCAGCGGCACAAGCUCUUACUUGGCAAGUGCAAGGUCAUGAGUUUGAUUCCUGGUAUUAAAAAAAAAAGAUUGUCAUCUGAUAGUUGGACUGAGGCCUGAGAAUCAAAAUUUUGAGCCCAUCUUGGGCAACUGAAGAUUUAGCAAGACCUUGUCUCAAAAUAAAUACAAUUUUCAAAGGACCGGGGUAGAGUAGCUCAGUGCAGAAGCAUUCCAGCACCCCAGAAAGGGGAAAAAGAAGGCUCUCAUCUUAAGAAACAAAUCUAGUGGCCAUUCAUGGACUGUGAGGAAAGAGAACCAGGCUUCACCAGGAGGUGACCCCACCUGGAAAUCAGUGCCAUGGGUGGCUGCUGCCAGAGUGGAGACAGCCAGACCCAAGCCUCUUGCUCUGAGUCGGCACCAUUCACAGACUGCAGAGGGAGAGAUCCACGCCUCACCAAUAGGUGAUCCCUGCCUGGAAACCAUAUCAUUUUUAUUGUUUUGUUGGGUUGGGUUUUAUUCUCUUUUGUUUGUGUAUGUUAAAUCUGAGGUCAUGAGCAGGUAUUUAAAAGACAGCAAGACAUUAUGGUAGCCAUUUUGGAUUUACUAUUGGCUUGUUUUGAAGUCCUUUAUUGCAUUCAUUGUUUUAUCUUUAUUGUUUCUAUUCUGUUCUGUUUUGUUUGAUUUUUACUAUGUCCAAAGGUAUCUGCAGCUAUUUUGAAAACAACAAAGACAUUAUGGUAACUAUUGCUGAUUUUGUAAGGUUAAAGUACUGUAUCAGUUAUACUGGUUUAUUUUAAUUGGUUUUAUUCUGCUUUAUUUCCUUUGGCUUUAUCUUCUUUAAAAUUAAAAAAAAAAGAUGAGUUUAAGGACUGGCCAAAUGCAUAGUAAAACUCAGUCUCAUUAAAAAAAAAAGAAAUAACCAUUGCCAAUCACGUAAACAAUAAAAUGCUGAUAUAAAUAAGGGAGAAAA